GGUGACGUGCCGGUUUCACUGAAGGAAGACAUAGCGAGGAGGCCGGGUGGGGAGUGUGGAGCGGCGCCCGGGAUGUCGGUGAACAUGGAGGAGUUGCGGCACCAAGUGAUGAUUAAUCAGUUCGUGUUGGCGGCCGGGUGCGCGUCGGACCAGGCGAAGCAGUUACUGCAGGCGGCGCACUGGCAGUUUGAGACGGCUCUCAGCACUUUUUUUCAAGAAUCCAACGUCCCCAGCGCCCAGCAUCACCCGCACAUGAUGUGUACCCCAAGUAACACACCAGCCACUCCGCCCAACUUCCCAGAUGCACUGGCGAUGUUUUCUAAACUACGCACCUCAGAGAGUCUGCAGAACAGCAGCCCAGCUGCUUCCAACGCUUGCUCUCCUCCUGGCAACUUUAACCCCUACUGGGCCUCCUCACCCCCAGGGCAGCAGCCAGUCUGGCUUCCUCCGGCCUCUCCUACCACACACCUCCACCACCACCACCAUCAUCCUCAACCAGCAUGGCCCCCCAGUUCCCAGCCUGCAGGGGGCCCUCAGAAAGCCAUGACUGCCAUGGAUGGGCAGAGAUAAGACUGGACAGGAGCGCAGUAGGGGAGGCUGUUAAAAGCAGGGCCUCCUCCUCUUUGCCUCUCUCCCCUCAUGUUUUGUGAACUGAUUUUUUUUUUCCUUUUUAGUCUUUUAUUUUUAUUUUAUAAACAAGAGGCUUCUUUGUUUUUUGUUCUUUUUUCCCCUUCCUUGAGAGAUUAAAAAGGGGGAUAUGAUGGAAAAGAGCUUCGAGCCCCCUCCUGACACCUCUCUUUUUUAUAAUAUAUAAGUUUAAUAUAUAUAUAAAGAUUAUGAAAUGAAUCUAUGUGAGGUGCUGGAGGAGGGAUGGGAAAACCUGUUUGAUGGAGCUUGACACCACACACUUUGUUCAGGAUUGUAAUCUGGAUGUGGAAAAAACAAUGCCCCUCCAGAAGAGGAUUUGAUUUCUCCCUUCUGACCUUUUACGAACAUUACCCCCAUUAGAAUUGUGCUUGUUUCCUGCGUAUAUCGGAUCCGGGUGCGCUUGAUGAAGAAUACAGUAUGGUCAUCAAAUCAUCUUUUGAUUACAUCAUUACAGAAAAUAGGCCAUCAGGAUGCUUUACAGAUAAAUUUAGAGAGGGUGGGAAAUACAGUAUAACUAUCUAAAAAAAUAUAAAUACAUGUAUGUCUAAAUGUAUAUGUAUAGCUUUGGAGAUUUCAACGAAAACGAGUGAUUACAGACAAUGCCUCUUAGCUGAGGACUGAAAACUGGCAUCUGCAAAAGGCAUGAGGAGGCGGCAUCUGGAGUACGACCUCAUCUAUCAUCACCUUUUCCAUCCGCUUCCAACAAUUCAAGCAAGCGCUUUUGAAAUAAGUGGGGUUAUAGGGACAUGUGGCACGGGAAUUUAAGAUAUGAGGCCUUGAAGAUGGUUAAGCCAUAAUUUGCCAAGGCAGGCUUUGUAGUGGAUCCUGUUGCCCUCCUUUGCCCAGAUAUAACCAUGCCACAGACCUGAAAAUUAUGCAAGUAGUUACUGUUUUCAUUUUGAUGCGAUUGUUGUUUGUACAAGCUUAAAACCUGAAACACGAGCCACGGUUUUGUGUUGGAGACCACAGUAUUGGCGGUAAAUGUAACAUAGAUGCCUACCCUAGCAGCAUCCCACAAUGUUUUAAAUGAAAGAGAUCCCCUCUGUAUAUACGUUUUCAGGUUUAUUCUGGUAGCAAAGGGGUUAACGUUGGCUUCACCCACAGCAAUAAAGUGUAACUUGUCAUGUCAGCUAUUUUGUACACCCCAACACAUGGGUAUCUGUGGUUUGUACAGAGGAGCAGCUUAUUCUUGCUGCUUCUCAUGUAUCAUUUUGUGUUUGCAGAGUCUCAGCCCCCCAAAUAAUGAUUAUAACGUUUUGGGGUGGAUUAUUAACACAAAUAGGUAGCCUAUAAAAUCAGACAUUAUUGUUGAUGCUGCUGCUUCACAUGUCCAAUGCCACAAAACUAGGAUUUCUGAACAUUCAGACUUUUUUUUGUUGCUUAAAUUGCACCAGCAGAGUGGCGUACAAUGUUAUUUAUGAAAAUUAAAUUUAAACAUAGAAUGUUUGAAGUAUGAAAUGUAUUAAUUCAAGCAGUGAUAACCAGAAAUGCAGGUCUACUUUGUUUUUAGUUGGGAUAUCCAAAAUAUGCCGGCUGUUUGCAGCCCUUGCACCUAUGGUCUUAAGAGAUGCUCAGAAGGUUAUAAUUUGAUGGAAUCUGAUCUCCUGUUUUAUUUUAGAACAGCUUAAGCCAUGCUUAUUGUCAAAAGAAUAAUAAAGUGACUGUAUGAGAACACAGGAGAGCAGGAGUUACACAGAACUUCUACUUGCUGUCUCUUCCUAUCCUCUAA